UACCUAUCAUUCUAGCAGCGAUAUAAAUGUGUAAAUAGCAGUUAAGAAAGGCAACGCUACGCUGUUUGCACGUUCUGGUGGAUACUGUGUCGUAAAAGACUAAUUAUAGGCAAGUUAGCUAAGCUAUAAACGAGAGUACAGAAAGAUUGAGGCAGUUGAGCUCGAGCAGGUCGCGAGACGGACGCUUCACAGUCACUGACUGAAAUGAGAUAGUAAUUAACAUUUUCAGUCAAGCAGAAAUAACUACACUAACGGCAGGUCUUGAGUGCAGAGGUAAAUGUGAGCGUUUUGUGUUGCUCAUUUAACUUGAAGGGAAUGAGGAGGAGGGCUGAAAUGCACCGUUAUUUGUGGCAGAAAUAUUAUGCGAAGACUCAUUCAGACAUCGCUGUAGCUGUCGGUGAAAGACCACGGGGAGUUUCGGAAAAGACCCUUAUUAUCCCUCCAAGCCAUCAAUGAACUCCCUUUUUAGUGAAAGACUCUUGUAACAAGCCUCCAAGUCUGAAUUUUGUUCUGCAUUCUUCAAUACAGAGGCACUGACAGCUUCAUCACUGCUGUACCCAAUCUAUUUCUGAUUUCUACUUCAUUUGCAACGCUCCAGUCUCACAUAAGUGGACUUGUAGCAAGCCUAGUGCUUGGCCAUUGGCGUGGCACAGGCCUGGUACAGUUAGCACUCGACGGACUUGAGAAAUCCAUCUCCAACAAGGCCAUCACGAUUUGCAACUCGCUGCACGAUCCAACUAGAAACUAAGCUCAGCCUUGUUACUAUUCAAAUUAUGCUUCUGCUCCUUGGCCCAACUCUUUUUCUACCAGCCCCUCUCUGAAUCUCCAGAAGCGGCGCAGUUAAACAAUGCACUACUGAAAGCUCUUCUGCUGUUUUCGUCUAAAUCCACGCUUGUUGGACCGGGAGCAAGUGCUUCUGAAAGUGUUAAAAGUGCUCUUGAACCAUGUGUGUCCAGUGGGCAGUGUUUACAGUUGGCAUAGUCCACAGGAUGGGUGGACAGUAGGGGACAGCGAGACCGUGGACUCAUGUCAUGGAAGGGGUUGUUGCAGUCGCAGUACAUACAGAGGGCUUGAAUGGUUUUCCACAAGAAUGUAAACAGGCAGAGGAUCUAACAAAUGGGCACUCCAAAUGCACAGCUAUCCUAAAUGGACUGAAUCCAGGUAAUGGCAUCAAAGACAAUGGCAACUUGAAUGGCAACCCUUAUCUCAAAAGUGUCCCAAUCUCAGCGCUGAAACAGAAUGGGCUCUUACAGUCUCUGGCAGCAGGAGGCAAUCAGACUAAAACAGAAGAGGUGAGCUUGGAGGUGGAGCGAGCACAAGAGGAGUGGGAUGCCCUGGAGAGCAUCCAACCAGUUCUUGCAGAGGAUCUCACUCCAUCACCACUGAUCUCCUUCAACGAGGCUCUGCAGCAUUUUCAGACCACUGAUCUUGGAGACCUGCUUAAGAACAUUCAGCCCACCAUUCGGAGGACUGGAUUGGCCGCCAUCACCCAUUUCCUGUUCGGUCCUCCUCGGCUACACAAAGACCUCGUAGAGGAGAGAGACUUAGUGUUUGCCAUUGCACAGUGUUCUCUGGAUAAUGGCCAGUCAGUUCACAUGCGUGUACUCCAGACCAUCUACAGGAAACUGACCUGUACCCGAGCUGACUGCCCUCGCUUUGGACCACACUGGGAGAACGUGGGCUUUCAAGGUUCAGACCCUGCUACAGAUCUAAGGGGAACUGGUUUUCUGGGCCUCAUGCACACUCUCUACUUCGUCAUGGACCCAGAGAUACUUCCACUUGCAAGAGAAAUCUACAAACUCUCUCAGCAUCCAGUCCAGAAUUUUCCGUUCUGUGUGAUGUCAAUCAACAUGACGCGAAUCGCCCUGCAUGCUCUCAGGGAGGAAGUGCUGUCCAAGGAGUGUAACCGAAGGCAACAGGUUGUGGCAGUGCUGAAUGAUUUUUAUGUUGCAACGUUCCUGCAUCUCUACCAGCUGUGGAAGAGCCAGCAGAAAACCAUCUCUGACUCUGGCCAUGUACUCAAAGAAGUGGAGCUCUUCGCUAAGAAGAACCCCAAGCAGAUUCUCAAACGUCUCGAGGGCUACCUGAAGGAGAGACGUGCUGGGACAGGACACCGAACAUCGCCCGACACACUAUCACAUAGCAACCCUUCACCUGGUGACACUGGGUCUCAAGCAGGGAGUCAGGGCGGCAAGGAGGGGAAAGAGAUGAACUUCACUGGAGUGUGUGAGCUGCCACCUGAGAUGGAGGGCGAGGCGAGACUCAUCUGAGAGACAGAGAGGCAUUCGAUUUGUACAGUCUUGACUAUCUCUCGUGCUCUAACUUUGUCGUUCACUCUGUUUCUUCGUUUCCUUUCUGUCCUUUCAUGCUUAAGUACACUCAGAGACAAGUCUAUGUUGUAACUGUAGUUGCUAAAAAGUAUGAAACUCUUUGCUGUCUUUUUUUCUGCUAGAGUACCUAUUGGCUAUUCUAUGAAAGACUAGAUUUAGUUGCCAAGUUUAAAAGGAGAAUCUCAGAAUUACCGCCUCAGUGGCAGCAGGUUGUCUUGAAGCUGUCAGGAAGAAAGAGACUCUGUUUACAGGCCUCAUGAUUGUGCAGUUGCAGAGGAGAAGGCUGCAGAAGCCAGCGAGCACCUUACCCACUUCUGUGGUAUUGAGUGAGAGUGACUUCCUGUGUCUGAUGGCCUGACUGUUUAGGCAUGUAUUUGAUUGAGACUAGUCUAGUGAAAGCCUUGUGAUCCUUGUGGUCAUUUGAACAUGUUCACUGUGACAGAGUCAGUGUUCAAGAAAGUUGGCAGAGUUUAUAUUGAUGUUGGCUCUUUACUCUUACACUGUUGAAAAAUGGAAUGAGGUAUCAAAACAUUGGAUGGAAAUAGCCUCAAAAGGCAAAAGAUUUUAUUUUUUUAUUUUGUCUGUUUGGAGAGAUAAAUGUCACAGUAUGAUUGAGAGAUUGCCUGACAUGUUUCUGUUGGCAGAAACUAUUCAACAAGAGCCUGAAAUUGUAAAGUGAGGGCGGAUUAUUUUGAUGGGAAAGUGCAUUUUAGUGACCUGUAGA